AUGGGCGACGCAGUCAUUGAGGGUUCGAACUGGCGCCUCGUUGAGGUUGGCCGUGUCGUUGUUAUCAACGGCGACCACCCCUUCGCCGGCCGCCUGGCCACGAUCGUCGAGAUCAUCGACCACAAGCGAAUUCUCGUCGACGGUCCUUCCGCGAACGCUAGCCUCGCUGUUCCCCGACAAGCCGUUCCCCUCAGCAAGGUCCUCCUCUCCUCUCUUAUCGUCGAGGGCUUGAACCGCGGUUCCCGAACUGGUGUUGUCCGAAAGCUCUGGGAGAAGUCCGAGAUCGACUCCAAGUGGGAGCAGACCAACUGGGCUAAGAAGCGGGAUCAGAUGGAGCGGAGGAAGGGUCUCACCGACUUCGAGCGCUUCCAGGUUCUCCGACUCAAGAAGCAGCGACGAUUCGAGGAGCGCAAGGCUCUGGCCAAGGUCAAGGCCUCCGCAUAA